AUGGUCACUACAUACACGUGGACGUCGCCUUGUCCCAGGGUCUCCACAGACACACAGACAUCACCCUGUCCCCGCGGUCACUACUUGCACGUGGACAUCACCUUGUCCCAGGGUCCCUACACAUGGACAUCACCCUGUCCCCGCGGUCACUACAUGCACAUGGACAUCACCUUGUCCCAGGGUCCCUACACAUGGACAUCACCCUGUCCCCAUGGUCACUACUUGCACGUGGACAUCACCUUGUCCCAGGGUCCCUACACAUGGACAUCACCCUGUCCCCGCGGUCACUACAUGCACACAGACAUCACCUUGUCCCAGGGUCCCUACACAUGGACAUCACCCUGUCCCCAUGGUCACUACUUGCACGUGGACAUCACCUUGUCCCAGGGUCCCUACACAUGGACAUCACCCUGUCCCCGCGGUCACUACAUGCACACAGACAUCACCUUGUCCCAGGGUCCCUACACAUGGACAUCACCCUGUCCCCAUGGUCACUACUUGCACGUGGACAUCACCUUGUCCCAGGGUCCCUACACAUGGACAUCACCCUGUCCCCGCGGUCACUACAUGCACACAGACAUCACCUUGUCCCAGGGUCCCUACACAUGGACAUCACCCUGUCCCCAUGGUCACUACUUGCACGUGGACAUCACCUUGUCCCAGGGUCCCUACACAUGGACAUCACCCUGUCCCCGCGGUCACUACAUGCACACAGACAUCACCUUGUCCCAGGGUCCCUACACAUGGACAUCACCCUGUCCCCAUGGUCACUACUUGCACGUGGACAUCACCUUGUCCCAGGGUCCCUACACAUGGACAUCACCCUGUCCCCGCGGUCACUACAUGCACACAGACAUCACCUUGUCCCAGGGUCCCUACACAUGGACAUCACCCUGUCCCCAUGGUCACUACUUGCACGUGGACAUCACCUUGUCCCAGGGUCCCUACACAUGGACAUCACCCUGUCCCCGCGGUCACUACAUGCACACAGACAUCACCUUGUCCCAGGGUCCCUACACAUGGACAUCACCCUGUCCCCAUGGUCACUACUUGCACGUGGACAUCACCUUGUCCCAGGGUCCCUACACAUGGACAUCACCCUGUCCCCGCGGUCACUACAUGCACACAGACAUCACCUUGUCCCAGGGUCCCUACACAUGGACAUCACCCUGUCCCCAUGGUCACUACUUGCACGUGGACAUCACCUUGUCCCAGGGUCCCUACACAUGGACAUCACCCUGUCCCCGCGGUCACUACAUGCACACAGACAUCACCUUGUCCCAGGGUCCCUACACAUGGACAUCACCCUGUCCCCAUGGUCACUACUUGCACGUGGACAUCACCUUGUCCCAGGGUCCCUACACAUGGACAUCACCCUGUCCCCGCGGUCACUACAUGCACACAGACAUCACCUUGUCCCAGGGUCCCUACACAUGGACAUCACCCUGUCCCCAUGGUCACUACUUGCACGUGGACAUCACCUUGUCCCAGGGUCCCUACACAUGGACAUCACCCUGUCCCCGCGGUCACUACAUGCACACAGACAUCACCUUGUCCCAGGGUCCCUACACAUGGACAUCACCCUGUCCCCAUGGUCACUACUUGCACGUGGACAUCACCUUGUCCCAGGGUCCCUACACAUGGACAUCACCCUGUCCCCGCGGUCACUACAUGCACACAGACAUCACCUUGUCCCAGGGUCCCUACACAUGGACAUCACCCUGUCCCCAUGGUCACUACUUGCACGUGGACAUCACCUUGUCCCAGGGUCCCUACACAUGGACAUCACCCUGUCCCCGCGGUCACUACAUGCACACAGACAUCACCUUGUCCCAGGGUCCCUACACAUGGACAUCACCCUGUCCCCAUGGUCACUACUUGCACGUGGACAUCACCUUGUCCCAGGGUCCCUACACAUGGACAUCACCCUGUCCCCGCGGUCACUACAUGCACACAGACAUCGUGUGGGAUGCCAGGAAUUAA